AUGAAAGCUGGUAAAUCUUCUGGUACCGGAAACCCUCGUGGUCGUGGAACAUACAAUCCCGCCUGCGACGUUUGCGCCAGAAAGAAAACCAAAUGCGAUGGCAUCAAGCCUGUUUGUCAACCAUGUCGACAACAAGGUCGUCAACAAGAGUGUGCAUGGACGAAGAAUCCAGUGCGCAAACCCCGGACGGAGCAACACUUCGAAGCCCUACACAAGCGCGCUGAGAACCUGGCCGUCCGCAACAACGAGUAUCGCAAAUACGCCGACUACCUAGAAUCCCUCUUAGACGAAUGCUUCCAGGACUACCAUUCCCAUCGAACGAUUGACUUUCGCGCUUCUCGACCUCAAGAAACCGAUCUACCAUCCAGCAGCUCGACUAACCUCGACCAUGAGUUUGAUGUCACCGUUGUGGGCGAUGAGGACAAUGAACACGAUUCGGAGAAUGGUGAUCCAGCGAAAGAGAUAUGUAUACCUCCCCAGAGCCUCCAGAUCGAGGAAGGACGCCUUAUCCACCACGGGAGAACGUCCCCUUUUAUAUUUUCUUCCGUAGACGUUCCCCCACAGCCUUCGCGAUUCCCUGCUCUCGCCUCCAACCCAGAUGCAACAUACGUGCUCGCCGUCGAUGGUGUCAACGACGAGUACUGCAACCCUGACUUUGACUGGUCGCGGCAUCUCCCAACUGCUGUCCCACUAGACCGAAGAUCCCAUGACAAAGCCCUCGAUCUCCUGUUCAAAUUCUUCACUUCUUGGUGCUUCCGCAUUGUACCCGCCCUCUUCUUGAGGGAUAUGUACCGCGCGCUAUCCGUGCCCUCUUCACAGCCUCCUCCGAAAACACCACAUUACUCUCCCAUGCUGCACAACGCUCUGGUGGCUUUGGCCCUGGCGUUUCUCGAUGACCAUAGAUUCCGGGACCUCAAGGCUCGACAGUACUUUGCCAACACUGCGAAGAGUUUUAUUGAAGCCGAAUGCCAGAAGCCCAACCUCUGCGUUGUUCACGCGUUGUCAAUACUGGCCAGCUAUCACAGUUCACAGGGCGAGCAGACGCUCGGCUAUAUGUACUUUGGCAUGAGCGCGCGUACUGCACAAGCACAAUGGGUCAAGCUUGGUCUAAUAGACGAAGCCGAUAGGCUUGAUCGUCUUUGGGCAAACUGGACCACCUUCAGCCAAGAUGUCUGUUGGUCUCUGUAUGUGGGCCGCGAUUUCUGCGUCACACCCCCCAGCGAGGCGGAACCGGGCAAAGACAUAGCUUUGCCCUUUGUUGACGCCGAAUACGACCAGAUGCCGUGGGUACAUCCACCCUCUGGCGUCGAUCCCCAGCCAAACUAUCUUACAAAGACCUUCGAGGCAACAUGUGAGCUGCUCUUGAUAUCAAGACGCAUCAUGGAUGUCAUCAAUGGUCUCAACAGGGCUCGCAGCCGUCCUUUUGCGGUUGACGAAUUAAUUAGCGAUAUUGAUUUGAAGCUCAAUACUUGGAGAGGCAGCCUUGCUCCCGAGCUCGAAAUCACUGUCAAAUCUCGUCCGACGGCCACGCCACAUAAGCUCAUGCUCCACCUCGCCUAUUGGUGGCUCUUCAUUCUCCUUCACCGCCCCUUCUUCCACCGCAAAUCGCGGCCCAUAUACAGCACUGACAGAGAAAUUGACCAUGUCAAGCUUUGUCGCCGUGCAGCAGAGAACAUCAUGGAACUACUCGCAACAUGGCGUUCUUUGUACGGCCUUCGUUAUUGUCCCAUCACCCUCAUACAAACCGUGUUCUCUGCUGGCACUGUCUAUUUGCUGACAGCCAUACAAGCUGGCUCUGGAGUCCGUGUCGCCCAGAAGGAGCUUCGCCAUUCACUGGAUCAACAGAAACUAGUAAUGCAGUAUCUUCAGGAGAUUGGGCGGUCGUGGCAGUGCGCGACCAACAUAGCCGGCAUCUUGAACACCCUAAUGCAUGACCAACUUAAGCCCCUUUUGGAACGCAAAACGAUAGCUAUCACAUCCUCCGCUGUUGGGAGCCUGACUGUUCCUGAGUACAACGGCGAUGAUGAUGAUGAUGACCCGCCCUCCACGCUAUCUCGCUCUUCUUCCAAUGGUCACAUCCGCAGACACUCAUCUAUCUCCAAGUCCAGGCCUCGUCGACUGAAUCAUGGCCGAAAUCACUCCGCAAGUCAAGCUCCUCAUUCGGAUUCUACGCCUCCUCCUUCUGCGUCACCUACUAUUACUAUUUCCCCGGUUCAUCAAUCCAAUUCUUCUGCGACUGUGAGUUCUCCGAUUGCGAUACAGACUCCUCCGAAAUCGUCCGCGUCUCCGUUUUCUUCCAGCCCUUCCAGCAUCCCUGUGCCCGAUCCGUGGGGUCUGCGACCCAGCAGUGUGUCUAAUGGCAGCCCAAGCCCAGGUUCUAGUCCGGUAUUCUCUAACUAUUCACCUUCUACAUUUGUGCAUCGUGCUCCACCUGUUCACAGUUUUUCGCAACAGCAAUCUACAUUAUCUAGCCAACCAAACACGGAGGCCUCAUUAUUCUAUGACAAUCAAACCACCAACCCUUCUAACCACUUGUUUCACGGUCAAGGCUCUGUCUUCGCACAUACUCAAGAUCAAAGCGUCACCGGUGGACAGUCGUCGUCUCGCUCUCACCAAUACCCUGGAAAGGAGCUCGCAGGCUUCCUCGGAAUGCUGGGUGGACAGACCCUACCGCAAGCGCCUUUCGUGGGUCCGUUUAGUCUAGGCGAUGUCACUGACCCCUUUGGCUCCUUCUCGUCGUCGUCGGACUCCACCGCAUUCUCGCCGGACCCUGCAUCCCUCACAUCGUUUGGAAUGGAGUUCCUCACCCAGAUGAAUGCGUCUUCCUCGUUGAAUGGCCAAUCUACGCUGGAUAAUGAUGCUAGCAUGGACGACAGCUCGUCAUGGGACUUUUGGGCGCAGACGUUCGAGUCUUGA